ACGUCAAAUUUCCAACAACGUAUGUCAAAUUGACAAAACAUCUCUGGCGAUAAACUCGUGUAAAUAUUGUGCACAAUGAAAAGAUCUUUGUGAUGUUUGUUAUAUGAUAUGAUAAAUAAAUGCGUAUGCAAACUCCAAAAAGGAUAUGGAAUUUGCAGAACAUAUAGCAACCCCUAAAUUGGAUGGAGUAAUCUUACAUAGCGCUUUCCAUGAUCCUGUAGAUGGAACAUUGUGUGUAACAGGUCAUCAUUUAAUUCUUUCCUCAAGGAAAGAAGAUGUGCAAGAAUUGUGGCUUCUACACCACUGCAUCGAUUCUGUUGAAAAGAAACAAAACAGUAGCAAUUCCAACCAAAAUGGGGGUUCUAUUAUACUUAAAUGUAAAGACUUCAGAUUAAUACAGUUGGAUAUUUCUAAUACAGAAGAAUUCUUGAAUGUAUACGCCUCAAUUGAAAAGUUAUCUAAUUUGGAAAGACCAGAGUCCCUCUACCCAUUUUUUUAUCGGCCUAUGUAUAACAUAUUAGAAGACGGCCAUACAUUAUUUAAGUUAGAAAUCGAAUAUGCAAAGUUAUUGGCUAGUGAAGAAUGGAGAAUCUCUCAUAUCAAUAAAAACUACACAGUUUGCCCUAGUUAUAGUUCUAGUGUAAUUGUACCAAAAUCUAUCGAUGAUGACGUUAUUGUGGCGUCUGCUAGUUUUCGAGAUGGUGGACGUUUUCCAGUGUUGAGCUACAGACAUGAUAAUGGAGCAAUUUUAUUGAGGAGUAGCCAGCCAUUGUUAAACAAUAAUAACAGAAGGAGCAGGGCUGAUGAGAAAAUGUUGAAUGCAAUUUUAGGAAGUGGAAAAAAAGGCUACAUUAUUGAUACUAGAAGCACUAAUUAUGUUAGUCAUUGUAAAGGGAAAGGCGGGGGCACGGAACCUGAUGCCCAUUAUACUCAGUGGAAAAGAGUACACAAACCACUAGAUAAAAUUGCCAAGUGUGAUGGCUCACUGUUAGAUGGCUUGUCUAAACUUGUAGAUGCCUGUAAUGACACGAAUUGUUCAGCGGAUAAGUGGAUGUCUCGACUGGAAAGCAGUAAUUGGCUGACUUACGUGCAAAAUGCCCUCAAUGCGUCUUGCCUGGUGGCACAAUGUCUCGAUCAAGAUGGAGCUUCGGUUUUAGUACACGGCACAAGUGGUCUUGAUUCUACGCUUUUAGUGACUUCUGUCGCGCAAGUAAUUCUAAAUCCCGACUGCAGAACAGUCAGAGGACUACAAGCCUUAGUGGAACGGGAGUGGUUGCAGGCUGGCCACCCUUUUCAGCUCAGGCACUCCAAGAGCUGUUACUCGAAUAAUAGAUCGAAAAGUCAGCAACCUACAUUCCUUCUAUUUAUUGAUUGCAUUCACCAGUUGUAUUACCAAUUUCCGUGUAGUUUUGAAUUUACGACACAAAUGUUAGUUUUAUUGUUUGAACACUCAUACUUCAGUCAAUUUGGUACUUUUCUGGGUAAUAAUGAAGCAGAAAGAGAAAUAAUGAAGUUAUCUAAAAAAACUACGAGCUUAUGGUCGUACCUCAAUAGACCUGACGUGUUAACUUCUUUACUAAAUCCUAUGUAUGAACCAAAUAAAACAGCCAUUUGGCCUAGUGUGGCGCCAGUGAGUAUAGUAUUAUGGUCUGGGUUAUAUUUGAGAUGGGUUAUCAACCAAACUGAUACUAAGAAAAGUUUAAUUAAGAUUCAAAAUAUUAUUGACUAUGAUAAAAAUCUGAAAAGUAAAGCUCUCAAGUUACGGAAGGAAUUAAUGGAUCUCCAAAAAGAGUAUGAAAAACUGCAAACUGAAAUCGUAGAGAAUAAGGCCGAUUCUGAUAGUAGUUAGUAUCUGUUAUGAUGAAAGACAAGAUUGAAAUGUCUAGUCAUUAAUAAGUUACGUUUUAUAAAGUAUAUUAGGGGUAGAUUUACGGAAAGAGUUACAUAGCGUUCCAUGACAAAUGUUCUUUUUACUAUUUUAAGCAAGUCGUUAUAAUUUAAUGAAAAUUUGCCGAAAUUAUGUUUUAAUAAAAAUUUGUUGCAUAUUUGCAUACACUGGGUUCAGCAAGAGCACAAUGGUAUUUUGAUCAGUAUAUUGUUAUUUACAGGUUUAAACAGUUGUAAAUGAUUGAAAAAUCUUGUUAGUACAAAUAAAGUGCAUUUUUAUUUA